CCUAUCUACGGGCGGCACAAGCGGUCAAAACGGUCUGUAGUAAACAUAGAAGCGCGUUUGGAAAUGUUUUAACAUUAACGAUGUCAUUUUUCGUGACCAAGUACACGGGUCUCCGCCGUGUCUUUCGUUUAGGGAGAUAUGUAAGCAUAGAGCAGAAGCAGGUUGCGUGUGGCCAUGAAAGAAGCUAUGCCAGCACGUCUGAAGAAAAUAGAAGAAUUCCCAAGAUAUACACGAAAACAGGAGAUAAAGGUUUUUCCAGCACCUUUACAGGUGAGAGGAGACCGAAGGAAGAUCAUAUAUUUGAAGCUUUGGGAACAACAGAUGAAUUAUCAUCAGCAAUUGGGUUAGCCAAAGAAUUUUGCAUUGACAGUGGCCAUUCGUUCACAGAUCAGCUGGAGAAGAUCCAGUGUGUACUACAGGAUGUAGGGUCAAAUAUUGCCACUCCCCGGUCAUCAGCUAGAGACAGUCACAUCAAGAAGACAAUGUUCAACUCUCAAGCUGUGAUUGAGCUGGAGAAGUGGAUGGAUGCGUUCACAGAGGAGCUGCCUCCACUCACCAACUUCAUACUUCCUUCAGGAGGGAAAAGCAGCGCAGCUUUACAUGUGGCCAGAGCAGUGUGUCGACGGGCUGAACGCUGUGUUGCCCCUGCUGUCCGUUCGGGUGAGACAGAUCCUGAAGUUGCCAAAUAUCUGAACAGAUUGAGUGACUACUUGUUCACGGUGGCCAGAUAUGCUGCGAUGAAAGAGGGCAAGGGAGAAACGAUCUACAAAAGACCUGAAUAGUAUAGUAUCAGGAUAUCAUCUAGAAUUUGAACCAUGUUACUCUUGCUUUCAAAUCCCGAUCAUGUCUAAAUACAAGAACACUGUUUCAGGCAAUUUGUUCCAGAGUACCUGUGUACA